CCCUGCCCCUGCCGCGGCAUCCUGGCAGGGCGACGCCAGGACACGGGUGACCCGAGCGCGAAGAUUCAGGGGUGGGAAGGUGUGAGCCGCAAACCUAGAGGGGCCGGGAAAGAAGAGGAAGCCCGGGGGUGGUCAGAGGACUGGGGUCCCGGCUGCAGUGGCUGCUCGGCCUCCUGACUGACUAGCCGGCUGGCGGGCUGACUCACGGGCGGACAGACGGGCUGACGGACGGACCGACUUGCAUCCACUGGCCGGACGCGGGGAGCUGCGGCGGGCGGCGCGCGGAGCCGAGCCAUGGCCUCGGGUGCAUAUAAUCCAUAUGUAGAAAUAAUUGAGCAGCCAAGACAAAGGGGAAUGCGGUUUAGAUACAAGUGUGAAGGGCGCUCAGCAGGCAGCAUUCCUGGAGAGCACAGCACAGACAACAACCGGACAUAUCCAUCUAUCCAGAUUAUGAACUAUUAUGGAAAAGGAAAAGUGAGAAUUACGUUGGUAACAAAGAAUGACCCAUAUAAACCUCAUCCUCAUGAUUUAGUUGGAAAAGACUGCAGAGAUGGCUACUAUGAAGCAGAAUUUGGACCAGAACGCAGACCUCUGUUUUUUCAGAAUUUGGGUAUUCGGUGUGUAAAGAAAAAAGAAGUGAAAGACGCUAUUAUUUUAAGAAUAAGUGCAGGAAUCAAUCCUUUCAAUGUCCCUGAACAGCAGCUGCUGGACAUCGAGGACUGUGACCUAAAUGUGGUGAGACUAUGUUUUCAAGUCUUCCUUCCUGAUGAACAUGGCAACCUGACAACUGCUCUUCCGCCCAUUGUUUCUAACCCGAUUUAUGACAACCGUGCCCCAAAUACUGCUGAACUAAGGAUUUGUCGUGUAAACAAGAACUGUGGAAGUGUCCGGGGAGGAGACGAAAUAUUUCUACUUUGCGACAAAGUUCAGAAAGAUGACAUAGAAGUUCGUUUUGUGUUGAAUGACUGGGAAGCUAAAGGGAUUUUUUCACAAGCUGAUGUACACCGCCAAGUAGCUAUUGUUUUCAAGACUCCUCCAUAUUGCAAAGCCAUAUUGGAGCCUGUGACAGUGAAGAUGCAGCUGCGGAGACCUUCCGACCAGGAAGUUAGUGAAUCUAUGGAUUUCAGAUACCUGCCAGAUGAAAAAGAUGCAUAUGGCAAUAAAUCAAAGAAACAAAAAACAACUCUACUUUUUCAGAAACUGAUGCAAGAUUGUGCAGCUAACUUUCCUGAGAGAAUAAGAACUGUCCCCUCAGGGUCAAUUGGAGAUGGAAGAUUCAUCAAAAAAGAACCAAACUUGUUUUCUCAUGGUACCGUUUUACCAGAAAUGCCCAGGUCUUCGGGAGUGUCAAGUCAAGCCGAACCCUACUAUUCUUCAUCUGUGCCCAUCUCAAGUGGACGGCAUCACCCACCAGCCAUGGCCUCGGUGGUCUCUCCACCUACAAGCUGGUCACCAGUGACCCACCCCACCUCACGCUCAGUCAGUACAAAUACAUUGAGUAGCUUCUCAGCAGCAACAGUGCCCUCUAACUCACCAGGCACCCUUGGGUUCCUAGAAGUGCCUGGUAUCGAGUUAAGUGCUCCUAAUGCUUGCCUCUAUACUGAUGGCCUAGCUAGAAUGGAAACGCCAUCCAUGUCACCGGCCGACUUAUAUAGCAUUUCUGAUGUCAACAUGCUGGCUAAUAACCCUGUGAAUUUGAUGACAACCAGCAAUGAUAACGUGGGGGACACUGAUAAUCCAAGACUUGUGAGCAUCAAUCUUGAAAACCCUUCAUGUAACUCAAGGUUAGACCAAAGAGACCUGAGACAACUACACCAGAUGCCUUCUGCCAGUAUAUCAGCAGGCACCAGAUCUAAUUCUGCCUUUGUUUCUCAGCCAGAUUCAUUCAAUAGGUCAAGCUUCAAUUGUGUCGAAAACAGCCUGAUAAAUGAGCCUGGACCGUCGAAUGAUGCAAAUAGUCAUAAUUUUGCUCAGAAUAGUCAAUAUUCAAGUAUUGACACUCUGCAGAGUGAGCAGUUGAGUGAUUCUUUUGCAUAUACUUUUUUUUAAAUAUGUUUCAGGACUUAAAUCUAGGGAGCUAUAAAGCUUUAGGUAUAUAGACUAUAAAGAGAGGGUGCAGAAGUAGUAACUGUAGAGGGCUCUAUGAUUCUUACUUUGAAAGAUGCCGAAAUUGGAUGUGCUUGGUGUGACUUGUUCUUUCAUAUGUCCUCAAGACAAGCUAUGUGUCUUUUGUAAUGUAUUAAUGUAUUAGUUAAAUGAAUUGAUAUUUGCUUUUAAGCAGAUUUAAGGUAAAACGUGUAAUGGCUAUGCCAUUGGGAAAUAAACUCAUUAUUAUUGUUGAGGCCCAUAGACUAAAGUGACCCCUAAGGGGUUUCUGGGGUUUCUUGGUAUUUUUAGGUGUGUGUGCGUGUGUGUGUGUGUGUGUGUGGUGUGUGUGUGUGUGUGUGUGUGUGACAGAGACAGAGACGGGGGAGGGUAGGAUCACUGAAGUGAGAUUUCAAGGUAUGGAGGGUUUUUGUUUUCUAUUUUUAUAUUAUUUAGACUCAUACCACUAAGGCUACUUAGGAAAUUAGCUUUGGGCUGGAGAGAUGGCUCAGCAGUUAAGAGCACUGACUGUUCUUGAGGGUCUCAGUUCAAUCCCAGCAACCACAUGGUGGCUCACAACCAUUUGUAAUGAGAUAUGGUGCCCUCUUCUGGCCUUCAGGCAUACAUGCAGGCACAGAACAUUGUAUACAUAAUAAAAUAAGUCUUUUAAAAAAUAGCUUAAUACCAAUAUUUUCAAGAAACAUGCUUUUUAAAACCUUUUCUUUAUUAGAAGAUGUCCUCAUUCCCUUUAAUCUCAUAAAGCCCGUCUACUUCUCUAUCAGGAAUCUAACCAGAUGUUCUAGCCCAUGUCUGUCAUCUUUCUGCUUGACAUUACAGUUCAAGGCCUGCCUGGGCUGCAUAGUAAGCUCAGUACCAGCCUGGGCAGCUUAUGGAAAUUUUGUCUCAGAAUAAAGAUAGAAAAGGCUAAGAUGCAACUCAGUGGUUAGAGCUUGCUUAAUGUUUGCAAGACCCUGUGUUCAACCCCUUGUAGGGGGAAACAGAAAAAAAAUUACAAAAUAAAUUUAAAUGUUAGUCUGAUGUAUCGAAGCCUUGCUUUUGGCUUGCUUUUCCGCACCUCACCAGCUCUGGAAACUGUCGUGUUGUGCUUCUAAUGUCGUCCUUGAUUCUUCAUCUCCCGAAUCUGUCAGGACAGCAGCAAAUCUAGGUCUCUCCUCAGUGUAUAUGCGAAGCUGACCACCUCCUUUGAACUCCUGUUUGAGAUGGGGUUUCAUAAAGUUCAAGCUGUCCUCAAACCUGCUACAUAGCCAAAGAUGACCUUAACCUUCGAAUCCUUCUGCUUCUACCUCGGGAGUGCUGGGAUUGCAGGUGUGCACAGUCACACCAAGUUUAUGUGGUUCUGGACAUCAGUGACAGAUUUAAUUUAAUUGGGCUUUGCCGGGGAAGCAUUUGACCAUAUUGAUCUGCAUGCCCAAAUCAGAUGAUUGUAGCAAUUCGGUAGUAGUUGGCACUGAUAACACAGCUGUUAGAAAGCUCAGCAGAUGUUACCCCACAUUGACUUCUUUCUUAGUUUCUCCUCUAAAUGGAACUAAGGUUCAUCUGCAUCUGUGCUUAGAGUAUUUUCAAAUGAUGUUUUAUUUCCAGGUGCUGUUUUCCUGGUCACAGAACUCAUUUUAUAACUUAAAAUGCGUUUAGCCACGUUUCCCCUUUCUCCCUAGUUGCACUUGUAUUUCUUUUUUCGAGACAGGGUUUCUCCGUAGCUUUUGGUGCCUGUCCUGGAACUAGCUCUUGUAGACCAGGCUGGCCUCGAACUCCCAGAGAUCCGCCUGCCUCUGCCUCCCGAGUGCUGGGAUUAAAGGUGUGCGCCACCAUCGCCCAGCUUGUAUUUCACCUGGUUUGGAGGGCAUGGGCCUUCCUUCCCAAACUCCACCUGUGCACCACAUCUCUUCCCCUGUUGCCAGUAUCCUCAUAUCACCACUUAGUUCUUGCUUUCUCCGUAUAAACAGAAUGAAUAUCUCUUGAGCUCAGAAAGAGAAGCUAAAAACAUCUUGUGUCAUUUUCUUUUUAAGCUUUUUUAAUCAAAACAUUAGGAUAAGGUUGGCGUGCUUCAGGAUCCCUGUGACUUUCAAUCUUCACUAGACCUCACGGAGAUUCGCGCCUGUAGCCUCAGCACCUGGAAGGCUGAGGCGGGAGGUGUGCUUGAGGGUAGGACUUGACAAUCAGCCUGUGCAACAUAGGAGACAUCAAUCAGUUGUCAAAGAAUUGGAAAAUACUGUUGGCCAUGGAUUCAAAAAUCUCAGCUAAAUAGUGAAAUCUGUUGCUGUUUUGAUCUUGAAUUUACUGUCCACCUGCCUCUCCCUUCCAAGUGCUGGGGUUGUAGGCGUAUGCCACCACACUGCAUCUGGUUUAAAAUAUUUAGAUUUCUGAGGGGAAAGGAGGGGAGCAUCAUACAGGAAUUGAACCCCGAGUCAUAUAACUGCUGGGCAAGUGCUCUCCUGCUGAGCUGUCUGCAUUUGAAACUUAUUUUAUAUGCUUGAUAAUAAAUGGACUUCAAGGCACUCAGGAAAUUAUUUUUUUAGAGUUCUCAGAUACUAUUAUCUAAGACAUUAACCUUUGUAUCAAGAUGAAAUAUUUUUUAAAUGUCAAGAUGUCUUUUAUUGUACAAAACAUUGUGUUACUUUUGUAAUAUCUUUGUAUACUGUGAUUUUUUUUCUUGGCGAUGAAAUAAACCAUUUUCUCAAAAUGCUUGCUAAAAUUUUGCUAUUUGCUCACGAAAUCUCAGUUAACUUCCCUUACUCUUUGUCACAUUCUUGUUCUAAGGAGCAGUUGUUUGGGUUGUUUAGAAACAUUAGGCGUUUUACAAUGUUCUCAGCAAUGCUUUUCUCUGUAACUGCCCUUUGAAAUGGUGUCUCAGGAAACAAUUGAUAUCCCUUUUUCAAAGAUUUUCUUCUUUUUUCUUGUCUUUUUUUUUUUUUUUCAGAGACAGUGUUUCACCAUGUAGCUCAGGCUGCCCUAGAACUCACUAUGUAGACCAUGCCUGUCUCAAACUCUUCCUGAGUGCUAGGAUUGAAGGAAUAUGCCAUCACACCCGGCUGCCCCGCCCCAGGGACGAAGUCUCAGGGGGCAGUGUGGUCAGGAUCUUUGAGUUCCCUUCAUGGCUUGCACGUGGCCGUGACGAGAAGAGCAGAGGUUGAGAUAAGGAACUUCUGUGUGUGUGUUCUUACUCUCAGAAAGUUUUUUAGGUGUACUUUUUUUUUUUUAAUUUUUCUAGACAGGGUUUCUCCGUAGGUUUUUGGUUCCUGUCCUGGAACUAGCUCUUGUAGACCAGGCUGGCCUCUGCCUCCCGAGUGCUGGGAUUUAAGGCGUGCGCCACCACCACCCGGUUUAGGUGUACAUUUUUAUCAGAUUUUAUUAAUCUGUUUGCUGGUAAGAGCACAUCUGAGGAACUGGCCCUAGAGGACAGCCCUCUCCUCCCAUCACGUGGGUCCCAUGAAGCAAACUCGGGUCACCAGGUUUGGGGGAGGUGCCUUUAUCCAUGGGGUCAUCUCAACUUUAUUUCUUUAAAGAUGAUCCCCAAAAUUGUGUCCUUUGACUGCCUGUUUCCCCAGUUCCUCUCAAGUGCAUCCCAACCUUCCAAUACCCCAUUCUGACUUCAGCGAUUUUAGAUUUCAUGUGUGGACUACAUCAUGAAGUAUCUGUUUUCUUGGCCUUAGUUUUAUCCCAGGCUUGUCUACAUCAUCGCAAAUGUCAGGGUUUCCCCCAUUAAAUGGCUGAAUCCCAUCUCACUGUGUAUUUGUACUGUGUUUUCUUCAUCUGCUCAUCUGCUUGGUGAGUGUAGAUAUCAACAUACUGAUUUUUCCCCCUUGGGACGUAGAUAUAUAAACCCAAUAAUGGGAUUGAGGAACUCCCAUAACAGCUGAACCAACAUACAUUCUUACCAACAGUGCAGUUUCUCCUUACUCCAUGUUCUUACCAGCAUUUGUUAGCUUUCUCCAUGUGAGUGUGUGUGUGUGUGUGUGUGCGUGUGUAUGUGCAUGCGUGUGCGUGUGUGGUGCAUACAUGAGUGCUGGUGCCCUAGGAGGCCAGAAGAUGGCAUUGGAUUCCCAGAAGCCAAAGUUAUAGGUGGUUGUGAGCCCUCUGACAUGGAUGCUGGGAACUCUGGUCCUCUGCUAGAUGCUGAGCCAUCUCUUCAGCCCAACUUCCCUCUUUUUUUUUAAUAGCCAUUCUGAUAGGCAUGAAGUGACGUCCCAUUUUAAUUUUUGUCUCCCUGAUUGAGUUUUCUUUUUUUAUAGGCUUGUUGACCCUUUGUUGAGAACAUAUGUAAUGGGUUUUGGUCCAUUUUACUAACUACAUCCUUUGUGUGUGUGUGUGUGUGUGGUCUUAUUACUUGCUAAGUAGAUCAGAGGUUGCUGGGGUUGAAGGCAUGUCACCACAGCAGGGCAUCCUUUGUCUUCUUCUAUUGGAUUGUUCUGGACAGCAGCCUGCUAUCAGAUGCCCCAUUCUGGGGGUGGUCUUUCCACUUUCUUCUCUCCUUUGCUGUUCCAAGGAAGCCCUUUUCGUUAGUAAUCCCAUUUGUCUACUUUUGCAUUCGUUGGUGGCUUUUUGGUGGCAAGUCAAAAGCACAAUUGCCUAAAGCACGGUCAGGUUGCCUUUCCCCCAUUUCCCCCCUAGGAGUUUUAGUUUUAGCUCUGAACGUUUGAGGUGAGCUCUAGGUGAUCUUUGUAAAUGGUGUGACUUGAGGAACUCAUCGCAUACAUGGGCAGGUAGACCCAGUUCCCAGAGCCUUUUACUGUUCUUUCCCCAUUGUGCAUUCCUGACACUUCUGUCAGAAAGAAGCUAGAUGUAAAUGCAUGA